CAGCAACUACGUCAGAAUGAUCAGGGCACCGCAUCCAACAUGAUCACAACUUCUGCCUGUCUCACGACUCUCGAGGAUGUUGACGGUGAUGCGUAUUCGAAGACCUACGUGAACCACCUAGUGCGGGAAAACACCUACUGGCAAAGGAAAUACGCGAUAGAAAUGGAACGCAGGGCUGAACUAGAGAGGGAGUUGAGCAGGCAA